AUGAGCAGAUUAUUUACAAUCCUACCUAAUAUUAGGCCUUAUUUGAUGAAAACAAUUGUAUCUCACAGACAGCAAAUCGAACAAACACGAGAACAGCUGCAGAAUGUAGAACGCACCUUCACACACCAGGUCACAGUUUAUAAGCGUAAUGCUCGGGACAACUGGAUCAAGACUCGGAUCUGGGAGAGGAAAAUGGUGGAGCAGAGCCGAGAGGUCGCCCACUUGAAACACAGACUGGAUGCGAUGGAAGGAAAGAGGCUGCGUGAGGGAUACAGGAGGCGGAGACCAAUGCCUGGAAGUCCAGAGAAGCAGAACCCUGCGAGGAGAGAGCCUUUAGCCAAAGCUGAUGUCACUCCCAUGAGUCACAACUACAAGCAGUCUACCAACAAUGCCGAGACGGACAAGGGCAGUGUGGAUCCGUGGCAACCUCCUCCAUCAACUGGAAGAUUCUGCCCACCCUACUAUAGAGGCCACCGUUUGAUCUGGGCGCAUCCACCUCCUGUACCAGGUUCGGGACCAUCCCAAACCCCUCCACCUGCACCACUUGGGCCUUUUGCGGAUCCACAUGUUGCUCCUGUGAGUAACAACAACACUGACUCUACCAAAGGGACCACGAAGGACAAGGCCAUUAUGAAUGCAAGAGGGCCUGGUCCCUCCCCAGGAUCGCCUUGCAGGCUGUCCCCCACGGACCACCCUUCACCACCAGUCACGGGCUAUGGGCCACCUCCUCCACCAGCUCCUCCACGUACUACAUUUGGUUUGCGUCUCCGAAAGUUCCCUCGCAAUCUCCUGAGGUUUUGCCUGUGUUCCUGCUGUGUCAGCUCUAACACCAGCUCUCGGCGGUCAUCUCAGAGCCUCAGGUUUGUAAUCUGAGAAACAGGGACAAUGUUGGUUUCUGAGGUCAGUACGAUGAAGAGGUGAGAAGCACUUAAGGAAUGUGUAAAAUGUAUGGGAGGAGUGGACACUCACCCUUCUCAAGGUGGAAAUGAAUGUAUCUCCACACAGAAGGUCCUCAACAGAUGUGCAUUCAAUUUCAUGAAACUGAGAGUGUCAUGCCCGAGGCUGAGAGGUUGGCAAUCCCUGUUUCAAAAAAUACGGCAAUGACCCCUGUGUUUUUUCUUUUAAAAUUCAGGUCCUACUUUCCCAAAAAGAAAAUGAUAACUGUGAUACUGUGUACAUUCAGGGAUCUAUAUCUAAGAUUUGAAGACAGUCCUAAUCCCUUAGAGGUAGACACACAGAUGCAGCCACACAAUUAAGUGUUCAUCCAAGGCCACAGAUAUAUUGUUGAAGACAAAAUACAUAGAGGAGAACACAAGAUCCCAUUGCAA